CCCGGUUUGAAAUGCAGCGGGAUUUAGGGAGCUUACCGUUAUCCCCAGCGGUGCGAGUGAAGCUUGUGUCUGCCGGUUUCCAGACUGCUGAGGAGCUCUUGGAGGUGAAACCCUCCGAGCUCAGUAAAGAAGUUGGGAUAUCAAAAGAAGAAGCUUUAGAAACACUACAGAUCAUAAGAAGAGAAUAUCCUACAAAUACAACAAGAUACGCUAGUACAUCUGAGUCAGGCAAGAAGUAUACAGCUCUGGAACUUCUCGAGCAGGAGCAUACCCAGGGCUGCAUAAUUACCUUCUGUUCAGCACUAGAUAAUAUUCUCGGGGGUGGAGUACCCUUAACCAAAACAACAGAAAUUUGUGGUGCACCGGGUGUUGGAAAAACACAAUUAUGUAUGCAAUUGGCAGUGGAUGUGCAGAUACCAGAAUGUUUUGGAGGAGUGGCAGGUGAAGCAGUUUUUAUUGAUACAGAGGGAAGUUUUAUGGUUGAUAGAGUAGUAGACCUUGCUACUGCUUGCAUUCAACACCUUCACCUUAUAGCAGGAACACAUACGGGGAAAGAGCACCAUAAAGCUUUGGAGGACUUCACUCUUGAAAAUAUUCUUUCCCGUAUUUAUUAUUUUCGUUGCCGUGACUACACAGAAUUAUUGGCACAAGUUUAUCUUCUUCCAGACUUCCUUUCAGAACGCUCAAAGGUUCGAUUGGUGGUAGUGGAUGGUAUUGCUUUUCCUUUUCGUCAUGACCUAGAUGACCUGUCCCUCCGUACCAGGUUACUAAAUGGCCUUGCCCAGCAAAUGAUCAGCCUUGCAAAUAAUCAUAGAUUAGCUGUAAUAUUAACCAAUCAAAUGACCACAAAGAUUGAUAGAAACCAAGCCUCACUAAUUCCUGCUUUAGGGGAAAGUUGGGGACAUGCUGCCACAAUACGGUUAAUCCUUCACUGGGACCAAAAGAAGAGGUUGGCAACAUUGUACAAAUCACCAAGCCAGAAGGAAUCCACAAUACUGUUUGAAAUCACAGUCAGUAUUAUUUAAUUAGAGUGGGAUUUUUAUAUAUUUGGACACUAAUUAUCUGAAAAGAGUAUUUCCAAAUUGUUUCUCUUGCCUACUGUAGGCACCAAACAUAUUUGAGAAUAGUUUUUGAUGAUUAGAACAUUAUCCCCCAAAUGAUAUUCAGAAUACUCUAGUCACUGUUGAACUGAAGU